AGAUGCCAGACGAAUAGAGAAAUAGAGAACUAUUGUGUGAAUCAGCUACUUCACAUAGAAGUUUUGUAUUUCCUCUGAUUGUAGAUGAGAGCACCGCCUUAACUUAAUUGCCUGGAAAAUCAAAAUACCGUUCUGCUUCAGUUGUGCUGCUAAAGAUCAUGUACAUAUAUCCGAGCUCGCCCGAAUCCGAGUCAUCUUUGAAAUCCGAGGAAAACGCAGCCACCAAAAUACAAGCUGGUUUUCGUGGCUAUCGUGUGAGGAAACAGCUAUACCGUAUAUCCAAAUCGAAUAGUUCUCGCAACAUCGGCCAACGCUUCGGCAAUCAUCAUCAGCCAUCGAGUGGUGUUCUACGUCAGCAACGUCAGCAGUGCUCGCACACAUACGAUACCAUGGAAGAUAAUCAGAAACAGAUUCCUAAGGUUAAUGACGUCUCCGCCCUGUCGGACGUCAACUCAGUCGAGGCGCGCUCGGCUAUAAAAAUUCAAGCAGGAUUCCGAGGGUUCCUCGUGCGAAAGAAGCAGAAAAUAGCAACAGAUGCAGCAGUCAAAAUACAGUCAAGCUUUCGUGGAUUCAAGGCACGCAAGGAAGCUGAAAAAAUGAAGCAGUCGUAAAUUCUGGACCACGCUCUUCCGUAUACACUCAUAGCUCGUAGCGUGUGUAAUGUAAAUUAAUUUCUUUAUAUAAUGCAUACAUUCGAGUUCUGCGUGUGGCAGCAUGCUAUAACAUUUUGUACAUAGAAAGUAGCACUAGAUUAUUGUAAUGAGUUAAACAAAAUAAAUAGAAACAUACUUGCGUUAAGUAACAGU